UCACGCCCACGACCGCGGGAGCUGUUAGAAUUCAGCACCACGAGAAUGUGGACAGCUCCCAGUUCCGAGGACUUCCCAUCUGUUCUCAAUGGCGGGCGGUGAACAUUGCUGCCGGGCAAAACUCUAGCUCAGGAGGGUAUUUGCAAAGAAAUUGUGGAAAAGAUAAAAUAAUUCUCUUCUCCUUUACACACCGUGACGUGUUAAUGCCCCCUCCCCUUCGCUUUAUCUGCAACAUCCCUCUGCACAAGUCAGUGCGAGAAGCUGGAUGCAGCAGGAGCCGAACUGGUUUGCAUUGCGGUUAUGUAGGCUCCAAAAACAACCUAACGCUCUCUGCGACAAAAAAAAGACCCAGGACAUUAGUUUUCGACGCAAGCCAGUGGCCCAAGUACACGGAGCAGCCGGUCCCGGGACACCGCGGUGAUGCAGCCACGUUAGUACAGGGACCAGGUGCUGCGCAGUGCUGUUUGGUCCUUUCCGUAAUAUGUUAUUUAUAACAGAUGCAAGUAUAUUUUCACAUUUGUGCAACAUAGUAAAAAGUAGCCCAUUAUUUCUCCCACCAUCGAAGGUCCUGUGAAGAGCCCGGAUUGCGGCUUCUCCUUGUAUUGCAAGCUUUGAUAUUGUUUGUGCUCUCUCUCUCCUCCCAUCAAUUGCAAAGCCUCUUGUGUCCUUGGGUUAUUUUUUGCGUCAGAAGAUGGCGGAUCCCACAGAGAUGUUUUCUCUGUCAACCUUCCAUUCUCUCUCCCCUCCAGGCUGCAGACCUGCCCAUGAUAUCAGCCUGGAGGAGUUUGAUGAUGAGGAUUUAUCGGAAAUUACAGAUGACUGUGGAAUUGGACUGAACUAUGACUCUGAUCCUUAUGAAAAGGACUGUUUGAUGCUGGAUGUAAAAGGUGCACCUCAGGCUGUGACCGAGAUCUGCUCCUUCCAGGAUGAUCUUCAGGAAUUUGAAAUGAUUGACGAUACAGAUGACAUGGAGGAAACUGAACUGCUGCCCUCGCCCUCUGCCACAACCAUCCAACAGAAUCGCCCUUCCACCUUAAACCUAGCCACUCCACUCUCUCACUCACAGGAUUCUCUCAAUAAUAAUGCCAGCUUCUCUCCCAGGAAAGCUAGCUGGCAGGAGACUCUGUUGCACUCUGCUAAUGAUCAUUUAACCCCUCCACAUCUAUGUAUUCAAGAUAGCGUCCACCCAGCUGGUUGGUGCAUGACUGCCCCGAACUCUGGGCCACACGGCACUGAAUCACAAUUGAAACAUAUGGAGACUGUAUCAUCCCAGUCACCUCUGAAACCUCUACUGUACGAUUUUGAAGGGAAUCGGCGGGAUACUCUGGAAUACGGUAACAGCAAGACUGACCAACUCAUAGAGGAUCAUAAUAUGAAUAUUGUAUCGCCAUCAUUGCCAUGUCCGUCAUUGCAUGUGAACAAAGAACCUGCUAAACACUGUCUCUCUCCGACAGGGUCUUUUGGUUUACAUAGAAAGUCAGGAAGCUCUUUCCCUGAGAUGGAAGCUGGGCAAGAUAGCCAUACACAUCAAACUAACACAGCAGACAAUGUCACAUCACAAAGCUCAGAUACAGAGCUGGAACAAGACUUGACUAGCAAUAGCUCCAAGGAACAUUCUUGUUCUGCUAAUAGAUCCAGUGAAAUGUACACACUUGCCUCUGAAUUAGGAAUGAAUUCUGAGAUCGAAGCUGAUCAUACCUUUGCUGCCACGAGUAAAUGCUUGUCACCGUCCAACAUGAGCAAUGGUUCCUGUACUCCUGUGUCUGAUGCAGAGCUAGAACUAGAAUUUGGAAUUGCAAACAAGAUGCACAGACCAUAUACAGAGCAAACAGCUUUUGUGCCACCUGUCCUUGAGCAAACAAAUUUGACAUCCCCUGCCACCGCUGCAAUGAGUUCUUUGGCUCUCAAUUCAGAGUUGGAUCAUGACCACAACACAGAAGAGACAGCUGUUGACUAUGUGCAACCAUCUAGCUCCAAUAGCAAUACAGUGUCUCCUUCCUCUGACCCAGGCAUCGUGGCAGAUCUCACCAGUAAAAGCACCAAGAAAUUUAUGCAGUCAUACCACAGUGAGGAUGGUGUUUCCUCUGGUUCUGACUCAGAAUUGGAAGAACUUGAAGAAAGACUAACAUGUGACAAUAGUGCUGCAUGCAACAUGAUUUCUUCCAUCUCAGAGACUGAGUUAGAUCUUACCAGUGAGAGCAGUAGUGGUCGGUCAUCACACCUAACCAACUCAAUUGAGGAAGCAAGUUCACCCAACUCUGAUCCUGAGAUUGACUGGGAAGGAGAAAUAAAUACUUCAAAUGUUAAAGAUCGAUUGUACUUGGUAAAGACAGCCAACAAUACUGAUAUCAAUACUUCGGACCCAGUUGCUGAAUGGGAUCUUGACAGUGGGUAUACAGGAAGAUUUGUAUGUGCUACAAAUAAAAAUAAUUCAGAUAGUUCUGCCAGAGUUUCAGAGUCAGAGAUAAUAACAGACCAACUUACUGAUGUUAUUGCUGAAUCUUUGCAAGACUCUGACCAAACAAAAGACCAGAUUAUUUCACCAGAAGCUCCACAGGUCAGAUCAGAUAGUAGGAGUGAAAGUACUACCAGGCCUACAUAUCUUGAUAUUAUACCAAAUCCAUCACUGUCUCAAGUCCCAAGCCCUAAAUCACAAAUGGAAGAAAAUGCUGAAGAAAACAGUGAUGAUGAAUUGAGUAACGAUUCUGAGUCUUCAUGUUCUGAUCAUGAUUUGGACGCUGACCUGAGUGAAAGUUCUGACUCUCCUUGGCUUCUUAGCAACAUGAUCAACACAAUGAUUUCACAAGGCUCCCACACUGUCAAAGAUGAGGGCUGGCUGCAGACUAACUCAUUCAGCGAGACUGUUUCUUCAUGUUCUGACAUUGAGAUUGAGCCGGUGUUUGCUAACAAGCUACUGUGCACUUCAGGGCAUCAAAAUGACACGGGCCAGGGGGACUCUGAAAAUAAAGACCAUCCUGACUUAGACAUUGAGAUACUCGAUAGCAGUGAUGAUUUUAAAGAUGCAAUGUUCUCCAAAGAUGAGGUGAAAAGAAAAGAGUCAAGAGAUGAGGAAACCAAGUUAAUAUCAACUUCUGACAAUAAACCAGCAACCCUUUACCUAGCUCUGAGUAAUCCACCCAAUGAUGCAGCCAUGAGAGUAGACAGUUAUAGCGUACCGUUGACUCCAGAAACAGUUGGCUCCUGUGAAGCAGAAGCAGAGCUAAGCAAGGAAUUUAAGGACAGUUGCACAAAUGAGCAAGAUGAUGACAUCACCAUAAUGCCAAACUCCACGUUAAGCUUCAAAUAUGAGGAGCCAAUGGAAAGCCUCCAAGGAACAAAUGGGGACGUGGGUGCUCCAAGUUUCAGUGAAGACCUAGAAGCUGCAUUAAUUUUGGAAGAUAGGUUAACUGAAUUGAAUUCUAGGUCGUUUACUUCCGAGGUGCAAAUGAAGUCAAAGCCAGUCAGUGAAGAGACUGAAUAUACCAACAGAUGCUCAAAUCCAUCAUCUCCAUCAUUUAAUGCAAAUCCCAAAAUACCCAUAUCCUUUAGUGACCCAUCAAAUGGACCUUUCAACCUGAAGGAACUGUCCCCAUUACACAGAGCAGCCAGCAAGCAGCUGGACCAGUCCCUGGCCUAUGACUCUAUUAAAUAUACUCUGGUGGUAGAUGAGAACACUACUUUAGAGCUCAUCAGUUUGAAACGCUGCACCUCCAUAUUGAGCGAUGAUAGCGAAAUCUCAACACUGUGCGACAACUGUGAGCUGGAAAUGGACAACGAGUUUGGGGAUUGCACGGGGAGACAUGAUAACGAGAACUCAUCCGAGGAUUCAUCACCUGAAGCCGACACACAGUUUUCCAAGAAAUUCCUGAAUGUUUUUGUCAACAGCACUUCUCGAUCUUCAAGUACAGAAUCUUUUGGCCUUUACUCAUGCACAAUAAAUGGUGAAGAGCGGGAGCAGACUCAUCGAGCAGUAUUCCGGUUUAUUCCUCGACAUCAGGAUGAACUGGAGCUGGAUGUUGAUGAUCCAUUGUAUGUCGAAGAGGAGGAAGAUGACUACUGGUACCGAGGUUACAAUAUGAGGACAGGGGAGCGUGGAAUCUUCCCAGCGUACUACGCCCAUGAGGUUGUGAACCAGGCCAAGGAAUUUCUAGGGAUAAAGAAGAAUAGUGUCUGGGUGGAGAGGUUUGACGUACAGUUCCUGGGAUCUGUGGAAGUCCCAUAUCACCAGGGUAAUGACAUCCUGUGUGCUGCAAUGCAGAAGUAUUCGAUUCAAUCAGACCUUGUGGUGAUUGCUACAACUAGAAAGUUGACAGUUCAUCUGCGCCCACCUGCUAGUUGUGAGUUGGAGGUCAGCAUUCAAGGAGUUAAACUGGUCAUGAGCUUGAACGAGUAUGGCCCAGAAGACAAGACUGAAAGGUGCAGCCAUUUUUUCCAGAUGAAGAACAUUUCAUUCUGUGGAUGUCACCCAAAAAACAGCUGCUACUUUGGCUUCAUCACUAAGCAUCCUGUGGUGAACCGCUUUGCCUGCCACGUGUUCGUCUCUGAGGAAUCCAUGCGCCGUGUUGCUGAGUGUAUCGGUCAAGCAUUUCAAGAAUACUAUCAGGAGCACCUGGAGUAUGCUUGCCCAACAGAAGACAUUUACCUGGAGUAGAGGUUGACCCUUUCAUGUGGAUUCAUUACAUUUUGCGCUGGACCUGCGCUCACCUGUGAGCUGUACCCCUGCUCCCUGUACAUAAAAAAAUUAAACAAAUUCCUAUCAAAUCAAGAGAAUCCUAGUAAGGGUAUACAGUACAUGGAGCCCCCUGUGAGGUUUUAGCAUUGACAAUGAAAGUUCGUUGAUAUCAAACCUGUGUUUGCUGCACAAAUCAUACCAUAUCUAACUCUAGUUACCAUCCACUCCUGUUGUUGCUGUUGCAGGUUGCUUCAAAACUACCUGUUUGAACUGAAAAGCAUUUGGUCAAAGAGAGAGAGGAAAAUGGAGUGCAAUGAGUUUACAUUAUCAUGAGAAAUUCAUUCAAUGGCUGAAUGUUUGCUAGGUUUACCUUAUUUACUUCAGUGUGUCUGUUCUUGGGGGCAUAGUGCUCCAUCACCUUCUUACGAGGUGCCUCCUUCCACUAGUUCUGUUGAGGAACAUGCUGCCAAAUUGUGUGCAGAUGUCUGUGUGGAUGGGCAGUAAGGACAGUCCUUUCUCCAGCCCCAUGGGCCACUGCUAAAAAGUGAGAAGCUUCCCUCACUGUCAGCCGAUACAAAAGUGUGUUCUUCUAUAUUGAAAAUUCUGACUUUUUUUUUACAUCUUAAAAGACCUCACAUUAACAGCAUCCUCAGCUCAACAACCUUGGACAAACGGGUCUGACUUUUGGAUAAAAUACCUGACUCUGUUGGGAAGUGGGGUCUUUGACCUUGGAAGGUAAUGGGGCUCUAGGUGAGGGGGUUUGAUCAUUCCUGACUCCAAAAUUAGCAGGUACAGUACAAGACCAAGUAAAGCAAAGGAAAAUGUCACCGAUGGGAAUAACAUAAAUUGGAGAAUAUAUAUACUUUUAACAUGUGUUUAGUCCUUGAACAGCCACCACCAUGUGCUUAUUUUAAGAUGGCAGUUUUAUUUUUAUUCAAUAUGACCUGGUCAAACUCCCCAACAAUUCAGAUUAAAGUCUGGGUGACAGUCCUGUCAGCAUCAUUUACGUAUAGCACAAUAUAUUUGUUUUAUAAACAAUAUGAAUCGGUAUUACACAAAAACCUGCAGCAACACCUACUUACUGAGACAGUGUAUUGAACCAACAGUGAAAUAGCUUCUAUUGUGGAAUGAAUCUGAAUUACUGCAUGUAUUUCAGCCACAUUUCCUCUUGGGAGCAUCUGGCCUUGCUUCAUUCCAAAGUCAUUCCAUCACACUGGGCCAAUGCACUUAAAAAGAAGAUAUUUCUUUCAGGACACAAACAUAUUCAUCCCACUUGGUGAAAUUAUGAACAAACAAAGGAACAAAAAUGGUAGCUCUUUUGGGAAGGAAAAUGUCCUCAGUUAGAUUUUCAGACAUUAAUGAUGAAGAGCAUCUCCCUUACUGACCACAAUAUCCUCACUUACUGUAUGAUUCCCCGUGGAUCAGUCCCAGCAAGGAAGUCCUCAGUGUUCUGUGCUGCUCAUUAUUCAAUUAUACCAAUUCGCAGCCCCACCGAUUCUUCUGCCCGGCGUGAAAUGGUCUCUGCUCAUUGCUGAAGAGGCUCUUUACAAUGUGCAUGAUUUUUAAAAGCUGCAUGCAAUUUCAAUUUAAAACUCGCUUCUAGCCUACUGCCAAAGGAAAACAAGGAGUCCAAAACACUGGUGACUGAUUGCUGGGUGACCCACUCUGUCAGCUCCCACAUGUGCAGCAUAUCAACAUGAGGCACCAAAGAAUAUCUUUACUUAAUUCACUGUUCCUGCUUUGUAUAUAUCACAAAUCCAUCUUUAGUGAUUCCUUAAUCUCCUGGUUACUGCACUCUGUGCUUUCCUUUACAGCAACUGGACUGAAAUGUGUUCUUACAAGAAUUAGGGAUGAAUUUUGGGUGUGCACUGUUCCCAUUAUAUCAUACCCAUUUCAAGGGUGUUGGCUUCUGCCUGGAGCUGGUAAAGUACCACAAAAGCACUUCUAAAGUGAGAGAAGUGUUAAUGAUGACACUGUAGCAAUGUUAUGUGUUAGCCAAGUACAUUCCUUCAGCGAGAAGGCUAUGGGUCACCGUGAGUUGUCUUUAAACGUCUUUGAUUCCAAGGAGCACUGAAAAACACAACUUCUGAGUGGCAAGAAAACCCAGUAAUGAGCUAGAGGAAGAAACAAGCACCUUAAAGAGACAAAAUCUCUGACAGUUCGUAGUCUUCAUCUGACAGGUUACCUGCAAGAUUGCACUACUUGGCAUAGAAACAAGUUUGAAAGGAGUUAGAACCAAUUGUAUGAGUCUAUUAGAACAUUAUGGAUGCAAUGUAGCCUAUCAGUAAAACAAGCCCUGCAAUUUGACAAUGAUUUGUUCCUUUGAAACAGAGAUUCCCAAAUUGGGAAUGGGUCGGGAUUGAAGAACCCAAGCUUUUGGUCAGGGAGCGAUGUGAGGAAGAGGCAUUGACAGUCUUUCAGAACCAGAGAAAUGACAUUGUGGAACAUCUCAGCAGAGGUGUCUGAAUCCACCCGAGCUGCUAGAAAAAUCAGCACUGAUUGAUUGUCCAGAAGCAUACUCUUAAAUACUCUACUUCUGCCAUUCUACUUAAUUUACCAAGAUUAGCAGGUGACUUCAUUGAGGUGUUCAAUAUUAUGAACAAUUUUGACUGAAUAAAGAAGGAUAUUCUAUUUCUGCUCAUUAGUAUGUCAGUAAACGAGGGUUACAACUUCAGAUUUUCAGCAAGAGAGGUAGGAGUGAGAUGAGGAGAAACUCCUUCACUCAGAGAAUUGUUAGAAUUUGGAAUGCACUUUCUGGGAGAGUGGUGGAGGCAGAUUCCAUAGGAGGUUUUGAAACAGAGCUGGAUAUAUAUUUCAAAAGGCUGAAGUUAGAGGGCUAUGAAACUAGGGCUGGAGAAUAGGACCAGCUGGGUAGCUAUUUCAGGAGCUGGUACAAACACAAUUGAUCAAAUGGCCUCUCUCUGUAUUGUGACAUUUUAUGGUUCUAUGAUUCUAGUUGGUGGCGAUUUAAACAUGCUGCAUGUCACCAUAAUACCUCUCCACUGGCAACGAGGCUAAAAUGAAAGUCAUUUCUGAGGUACCUUCUGAUUGCUACACCUGUGUACAAUCCUUGAGGUAAUUUAUCAUUGGAAGUAUACAAUGUCAACUGGACUGAGCAAUUGCCUGACUUAUUUCCCUAAAAUGCGAAAUCAGUGGCACUGAACUCAUUCAUUAUGUUCAGGGCGCCACAGCAUGCUGUUUCUUGGUAAAAGGAAAUCGGGCUGUAAAUGGGAUCAGAGUAUCUGAAGAAGGAGGGUACUCUGUAAGAAAAAAGAUAAGAUUAGGAACCUUUGCUUUAAGAAAUAAUGCAGACGGGAACUGGAGUCCUCAAUAACAUCAUUCAUUCAUGAUUCUUAAUGAUAUAGUGUUACAAUAUGAAAGAGAUGGCCGAGUCCUCUGAGUGCGAAUGAGAAAUAUUGCUAAUUAUUUAAGAUGCAGCACAACAUGUAGGGGAAUGUCAGAACCACCAUGACAUUCUCCAGUAGAAGAUCACUUUGCAAUUUAUAGAUAUGUGGAUAAGUUUGUUUCUUAUCAUUUUCAACUGUUCUUUCUAUUCACCAUUACCCUUCUCCAUUGAGACUGGAUGACAGCUCAAUUUUCUCUCAUCUCCUAGAAAUGGUGGGAGGGUGUCAUAAUUGAGUCCAACACAUCUCUUGUUGGUAUGUUCCCUAAUUUGAGCCAACAGAAAAUAAGCAUCUUUUCAUAAGUAGUACAGAUGAUCUAUGAGGGCUGGUCAGGAAGGCCAAAUAUUGCAUUUUGCAGAGAAGGCACAAGAAGUAACCUCAAUGGGAGACAUUACAUAAGGGUCACCAAGACCAAAUCAGACCAGGAGGUACAAAAGAGAUGUGAAAACAAUGAAAACAAUUCUCAAUGAAAAAUAAUCAUGAACAAAGAGAAGAAAACUGUACAAUAAUCUACCAGGCAAAGUUAGAGACAAGAUCAUUGGACUAUUCAAAGAGUAAUCAGUAACUUUAGUGAGAGAAUUAAUUUUCCAAUGGGAUGGCUUUCAAUAAAAUGGCUUGAGGAUCAGGUUUGAUGGGAAAUAAAUGGUUCCAAAAGAGCUGUCUCUGAUACAAGAGCUACGGUAUUAGCAUGAUGGAAUUCACUGGGGAGUUUCCAUAUGAGAGGGAUGGACUUCAAUUAGAGAGAUAAAAUACCAGAGAUGAGUCUCCAUAGGACAAUUGGCAUACUAGAGGGAAUGGGCACUAGGAUGUGGGGGGAUAAUUAGAGUGCUUCAAGGUUGGGUUUCAAUAGGAAUUAGUAAAGUAUAGGAAUGUACUUCAGUGGGAAUCCAGGUGCCAGCUGGAUUGCUUUCAGUGGGAAAGUUAGCAUACUAGAGGGAUCCACUUUCAUGGGCUAAUUAAGGUACUAGGGAUAUGGGCUUCAGUGGGAGAGUUUCUAUGGAAUGCGAUGGGCCUUUUUGGAUGGCUAUGUUAUGGGGGAAUGAACUUCAAUGUGAAAAUCAAUGUACUAGAAGGUAGGCUUUGAAUGGGUGAGUUAAGGUAUGAGAAAAAUGAACUUCAAUGGGAGAGUUUACAUACCAGAGGUGUGGGUUUUGAUUGGAUAGUUAGGGUAUUUUUAGUGUGUGGUUCAAUUGGAGAAUUAAGCUAGAAGAGUGAUUGGAUUUCAGGGACAGUUGUUAGGUUUCAGUAGGAGAUUUAGGGUGCUGGAAUGAUUGGUUUGCAUAAGAGAGUUAAAAUGCUGGAGAGAGGCUUCAAUGGGAGAUUUGUGCAGUUUACAGCAAUGAAAAGACAAAAUGUGGAGACAACAAGAAAGAAGCCUUUUUGAGAAAAGAAAUAAGCAGCCUGCUGUUGUGUUUCAGAGGAACCAGUUGAAUCCAUUUAGCUACAUUCAUCUGAAAUUGGUGAACAAAUGAAGAGCACAGCUCGGAAAAGGUUGCAGGCUCAACACCAAUCUGUACCAAUGUCAGCAGGAUCUAUCCCUGACCUUACUGACCCGGUUUAAGAGAGAAGAAUAUCCUUCAUUUAUUCAGUACUGAGUGACUCUUCCUGCAACAGAGGCUUUGGUUGAGAGGAGGCUUGUGCUCUGUUGUUAGCUUGAACAGACUGCUCGCAUCAUCUACCCAGAGUCUUGUGAUUACCUGACACUAUCAAAGAAGGCUAAUUGCCAUGGAGAGCUGGUGCUUUCUUCGGGGAGGGGUGCUGUGGGCAGUCAUGAACUUUGUAAAAGAUUGACUAGGUACUGGCUGGUGACCUCCCCCAGUAUCAUUUGUGUUUGGAAACUGGAGACUGGUUAGGCCACUCAGCAUUCUCCCAUCAGAACAUCUGACUGUACUAACCCAGGUAAGUCCACAGCUUCAUUGCACCUACAGGUGAUUCUGUGUCAACUUGCAUAUUUAUUUAAUUUUCCUUUGUCCAGUUUUCUAAUAAAACUAGAAAUUUGUCUUGGAUAAACAUACUCUGGAACCACGGAGCCAAGGAAAUAUUCAUAUGCAUUGACAGUUUGACAUCAUCCCUGUACAUAGGACCAAUGUAUUUAUUCUUGCAUAGUUGCUUUCCAGUCCCAAACUUUUAACAGGAAACAGCUCUCUUACCACCAACUAUAAUAUCCAUCCAAAUAAUUAUGAAUAGACCAACAAUUGAACACCAGAAUUUUUAUCCAGUUCAAACUGCUGACUAGCAUAAGUUAUAGAAGUGAGGGUGAGAAAAUUUCUAAGAUACUGACAACGGUAUUUUUCAGUUUAUCUUUAACCCGAUGUUUCAUAAAAUGGCUUGAAAGCUCUGAGUGUGAAAGGCAGCUCAAACUAGCUGGAGUCAUAGUCUCCUGGCAUCCUGGAUUAGCUGCAUUUUCUGACAUAUCCUUCAGAUAUUUGAGAUUGAAUAUAUUAUGGGAACUCAGUAAAAGCUAAAGGAAACAUUGCAGCACUUGGCUUUGCCCAUGAGCUCUGUAAAGUGAGCUAAAAUGCCAAAGCAGCUUCUAGUGGACAACAUAGUGCGAAUGACAUCUUUUCCAAUUCUCUGGUGACCUUUGGAUUGAUAUUUUCCUGAAUAGCACAUCCUCAGACAAAUGCAGGUAUCAACCCGUGGAUUAUGCUAGUUAUUCUUACUGGUUGCCUGUAUGUUAGCUGCAUUUACCUGUAUGUAAUUUUGGUUUAUGCUAACCAUUCACUCUAUAACUAAACACAUCAGUAUGUAACAGAUUAAGGUAACUUAUCAUCUAAUUGUAUAAAUAAGGAACUGAUCACAAAGCCUUGUCAUGUUUUUGAUCAUAUGAUUAAAAAUAUGCUGACUGAACUUUCA